UUGGCUCAGGGUGCAUGAAAUCGGCACCGACUUGUGAAUCUUGGGAUGAACCUAGAGCUGGGAUCGAUUCCCGAGUCGAACGUUCUCCCCCGACGGAUGGCUUCAGCCCACGCCGAGAUUAGAUUGCACGGAAUUCUUCCCCAGGAUUAUAGAACUGAUAAACAAAGUGUGCACGGGUUGCAGGUUUGCGAUGGGGUUCGAAGCGUAGUGAGAUGCUUGCGGCGGUUGCGACGGGAAGACUAUGCUGGAGCUGGUUGUUUUGUUUAUUGCUUAAGGGGAUGAAAAUUGGGUGCGUGCACAGGGAGAAGGGAUCAGGCUGCAGCAGCCUCCAUGGAGAGCUUACGUCAUGGUAUUUUUAGACCUCUGCGGCUACGCAGUAGGCCGUGGGAACCAUAAGAGCGCAGAUGCUAUUUGUACCUUGUGACGAUGUCGAGAGUCGGAGUAUUUUUAGAGGGAUGCGUAAAUGGCUCCUCGGCCGAGAAGAGCGGCAGCAACAACCUCUCCAGUUGGGGGUUAAUGCAGGCGGCCGGUUAGCCAGGAGAACGUGAGUGAUGUGUGCAGGGGAGGCAUACGUUGAGUGUCUGUGCCUGGCUUGCCGAUAGACCUAUGUCAUGAUGCUGACGACCCAUCGCCACUUGCACUUUCUAGUUGCACUGGCGGUGCUGAAGAAAGAAACAGCUUUUGGGGUCGCACAGGUGGUUUUUGUAUUUAUUUUUCUACUUGUGUUUGCUUCUGGGUCGACGACCGAGGCUUGGAGAGCAAAACAAUAGCCAUAUGAAUUUCUUCACCGCACUGAUAGUGGAAGGAAAUAAUAGGAGCUCGCUGGUAUUAGAUAGAUUUAGAAAUUCGGAAGAAUUCGUGUCUAGGUUGUUCUCGGGGGCUGCAUUGACUGGGAGGGAAGGGGCUAGUCAAGUCGAGGUUUUGGGUUUUUUCACGGUUUUUGGGUGAUCAGUUGUGGGGAUGAGUGUGGCGGUUUAGGUCAGCGGAGUGGAGAGCCGUCGGCAAAAGAAUGCUGGCAGAGCUUGAGUGAGGUUGAGACGUCUGACCAUAAUGCUGUCGAAUGCAAAGAACGCCAUGGAGGAGCCCGAGCGAAGCUGGCCGGAUCAACGCAAUGCUUCCAUGGGUAGUUUCAUUGACUUGGAUAUUAGUCUAGAUAUAGUGCCCAGCAAGUUCGAUACAGGGCGUGACACCAGACGAUCUUUGUCUUCUCACCGACCAAAAGCGAAGGAAUCAGGGAAGGGAAAUGCUUGGGCUGAAGCCAACGAGUUGCAGAGUAAUCUGCAUAUUGAGGUUGGCGAUCGAAGCUUUCAAUUACACAAGUUUCCACUCAUUUCGAAGAGCGGCAAACUGAACCGCCUGGUGUUCGAGCUGCGCGACCCCAACAAGGACCGCAUAGCGCUCCAUGACAUACCAGGGGGGGCGAGCGCAUUUGAAGACGCUGUUCGAUUUCUUUAUGGGAAGAGCGUCCCGAUCACCGCUGCUAAUGUGGGUGCGCUUCGUUGCGCUGCAGAGUUCUUGGAAAUGAACGAAAGCUUAGGGGAGGGAAGCUUGGUUGCGAAAACUGAGCACUACUUGAACCUUGUGGUGGUAGGGUCAUGGAAAGACUCAAUUACCGUUCUGCGUGCGUGCUCGGAUCUUAAACCCUGGGCGGAGGAUCUCGAAAUCGUACGCAGGUGCAGUGAAUCCGUUGCGUGGAAGGCGAGCACUGAUCCUCACGGCCUCCGCUGGUCUUAUUCUAAAGGCACAGGUGGCAGGGAUGCCCCUCGCGGAUGGUGGUUCGACGAUGCUUGUAGCCUUUACAUUGACACGUUCAUCAAAGUUAUCAAUGCCGUCGCUUCUAAGGGCAUGGACUACACGAUAGUGGCCGCGGUGGUGGUGCAGUAUGCUGAGAAAUGGUUGGGGCUGACGCAGUCGCCCACCACGAAGCCAACGCAAGGCGAUUCUCCCAAAUCUAACGGCGACGUAGUUGCAUUUAAGGGGUUUAGUCGAGACUUUUCGAGCAAAGCACAGAUCAAGAAUCGCGCCAUCGUCCAAGGCAUUGUAAGCUUGCUCCCUUCGCAAUCAAACUCCAUCUCCUACAAAUUCCUUCUGAAGCUCCUGCGAGCUGCUUGCGCAGCAAACGCUGGCUCCAUGUGCAAGACGGAUUUGGCGAGAAGAAUUGGCACUCAUCUGGACAAGGUCUCCGUUGAUGAGCUUCUCAUACCUGCGUACAGCGCCACCAAUGAUUCCAUGUAUGAUAUUGACGUGGUGCACCAAAUCGUAGAGUCUUACCUUGAGGAGCAAAGUUCAAGGAGUCUCCCAGCGAGCCCCACGAGCAGCUCCGACAAGACGAGUGUCACAAGUUCAAUCACCACGAACAUUUCUAGCAUAACCACAUCUUCCAGUGACACGGACACCAGCAGCGUUACCGGGCGAAGCAGCGUCUCAGGUACAAGCGUUUCAGGAACAAGCUCGACGCGUACAAGCAUUUCGAGCAUUUCUGGCUCAAGCACCUCACGCACAAGCGUUUCGAGCAUAUCGGGGUCAAGUGUCACGGGGACUAGCAUGUCAGGAACGAGCGUCUCAGGGAGCGGCACUUCGAUUUCCCGUACCACAUCAAGCAUGAGUGAUUCGUCUGGAAGCGACACAAGCACCACCACCGGGACAACUAGCAGCAGCGAGGAGUCGAGGAUGAAGAUUGAUAACAAGUUUGAGAAGUCUAAGUUCUUUGCAACGGAGGGUCCAACGAGGAGAUCACAGCUUCCUCCCACUUCAUCAAAUCUUAGAGUUGCAGAGAUCUUGGAGACUUACUUGGAAGAGGUUGCUAAGGACUCGAGCAUUCCACUCGGAAAGUUCGUGGCGCUGGCUGACCUAUUUAUCGAGUUUCCUCGAGAAUCAGAUGAUUGUGUAUACAUAGCAAUCGACACCUUCCUGCGGUCUCACCCAAGCUUGAAUGACCUUGAGCGCCGUGACCUGUGCAAAGUGAUGGACAUUCAAGCCUUGUCCCUGAACGCUUGCAUGCACGCCGCUUCAAAUGACCGUCUUCCUGUGCGAGUAGUCGUUUCGGUACUCUUCGCGGAGCAAGUCAAGCUGCGAAAUGCCAUUACAGGCACGGCUGUUGUUAACGACAAGGGCGUGGAUAGCAUUCCCGCUAUCUUCUCCUCCUCCACUUCUUACUCGGGAACCAGUUCAGACCCGCUCUCGAAAUCCAGUGCUUCCACAAACACGUCCACGGACACAUCCACCACAAGUCUUUCAACUACAGGUGGCUCACGUAGCAGCGCAUACAGUCUUUCCAUUCGCAGCGAGCCUCUCAGCGCGGCCCCUAGCGCCGCUCCAAGUGCUGCGCCGAGUGCUGUGAGCUCGGUCCUGCCAGGUGGUUUGACUGUUAAAGACACGGUUCGGGGUGCUCUCUCUGAGAUUGAGAUGCUGCGGGCGGCGGUGCAAGAAAUUGAAAUGGUGAAGGCUCAUCUCAGCUACAUGAACGUCCUCCAGCAGGACAUAGAAAGUAUCAACAGGAAGUUUAUGGAUUUUGCUCAAGAUUACUCAGGAAUGACGCAUCAGGUGGAGGAGUUAAUGAAAGCUACCAAGCACAAAAGUGGCUGGACCUCCGGAUGGAAGAAAAUGGCGAAGCCGUUCCAGGGAAAGGAUCAGUCUGAUCCGCUGAAGAACUUCCACCACAGCUUAUCCUCAGAGAAGCACUUGAAGGCUGCAGCAGAUACUAUUCCCUUAUAUCAGCAAAUGAAUAUCCUGCAUCCUACAGAUGUCCAGCGUCUUCAACCUAUUCAACCUAUUCAACCCACUCAAACCCCCAAGACGCCAGUGCAAGCAGCCGCACCCAAGGCCUUAGUGCCAUCAGCCGUACCCAUGGCUCCAAUUGAAGCUCCGAGGGCGAAGUCGAUGACUUCGGCUUCCAAGAUUCCAGAGGCCAAGUUGGAGACGCCGGUCAAGGUUAUUGUCAUGCCCAAGGGCGAGUCUCCGAAGGUGGAGACUGUUCCGGCCCAGUCUCAAAGUACUAAUACUGCUACUACCAUCACUACCACCACUGAGGCGCCGUCUUCCAAGGCUAAUGGAACCGUAGAUCAGGUUGCGAAAGAAGUGCAGCCACCGAAGCAGAGUGUGUCUUCAACUAAAACAGAGACGAGCACAGUGAGAGAAACAGCAGAGGCUUCGAGAGAUAGCACCACGCAUCCCAACAAGAACCCGAAGACACCAGGACGCCAGUCUCGUAGCCAACACCGCGCUUCAUCCCCACCACCCGACGCCUAUCACGGCCGCCUCCAUCGCAGAGAUUCCGACACUCUCUCUGUUUCUACUGAUACCAGUUAUUCCAGCUUUCAGAGCAGUCCACGCCAUCGACACAGAGACACAAGCUCGGGCCAUCGUCUCUCCGAAGACCGCAACCAUCGAGGCAGUCCUCACGGUCGCGGGCGCCACAAAUCGCACAACCGGCACAGGGACGGAUCCGCGGAGCACCACACGAGCAGUCACCACCGAGAACGCAGCCCAGACAACCGCCAUCGCCGAACCCACCACAGCCCCGAUCAUCACCUCCGGAAAGACCACCACCAUCACAGUAAGGAUCCCCCUCGAGUAAGCAAUGUCAGCAACCACAAAACCGGCUCGGAUCAUCACCCCAGCCACCACAGCUACUUCAAGCCGCACCACAAAAGCCACCGCAAGCAUCACCACAAGAGAGAUUACGACUCCGCAUCCAACUACAGCAGCGAUUCUGGAUCAAGGCCAUCUAGACCUCGGCGGCAUUCAGGAGUGUAAAUCAGCAACUGCUUCUUCUUCUCGUUUCCGCUUGUAGGUGACAAAUCUUUAUUGCAAAGCUUAACGGCGUCGGUCAUGCAGGACAUCAGUGAAAUACAAACCCACACACUCUUUUAGUAGUCUCUUCGAAGUAGAUCCACUGGGUUUUAGAAUCUUAAUAGAGACAUAAGAAGCAGCACAUUCAGGAAGUGAAGGUAGUCAUACUUCUUGAGCAGAGGUGAGCUAUAGAGCAAUUUGCGUCACACUGGUGCAAGAGGGUUUUUCCAUAGCUUCCUCGAUAAGAGUAGGUCACACAAUUCAGCAUUGUCUAUAAUCGUCACAAGGUAUUUUUUUGUACAGCGCCACUUGGGUACUCUCUACUUAAGUUUUUUGUUUUACAGAUCUGUUGGGUUCUUCUUCCUGUUGAUGCUCCAGGUGGUGAAGUCUAGGUCUAGAAAAACUAGGAAAUAUAGAAACAGUUAGACAUAUGCAACCAGGCUCGUGUGCCGGGGCUUCCAUUCCAUUCAGUUUUAUUCAAAAACACUGCAGAGACUUGUUACCUGUCGUGCUUCAUGCAUAAUGCGCUUUUUUGUGCAAGCAUGGCUGAGGAAGUGCUUUGGAGUAAAGUUUCCUGAUUUGGGGUUGUACUCAGUUAUAAAAAA